GUGGGCUUGGUGGCGAUCCGGCCUUCUGACGUUCUGCGCAAGCUUCACUUACUUUACACGAUCCAUGUACACGAUCCAUGCACCCUUCUUGACUUUGCACUGGCUUGCACUGGCCCAUCGGGGCCAAGCAAUAGAACCAAUCAGGGCAGAUGGCGUCUCCUGAAGUAGGAAUCCGAUUCAUUGUCCGUUACUCCUCGCCACGCUAGUGGUCCAUCGCAUCUACCCGGCUGGGAUGAUACCCCGCUGUCUGUCCCCCCCCUCUUGCCCGCGCCGGUCAUCAUCCAGACAGACCCAGGCAGGCCACGGCAAGAUAAAGAGAGCUUCGCUUCCAGGUCUGUCCAUGUCCAGAGUCCCUUUAUCUCAUCUCAUUUCUUCUAUAAUAAUACCCGUUGGAGACAUCACCCGUCUGCAACACAGCUCUUCUUCUCCAUCAUCAAUUCCUCAGCCUUUCCGCCCAAACCACAUCAAUCUCAUCACAACAUGCCUCUUACCGUCGAGCUGAAGACGCCGAUCACCGGCUCUUACUCCCAGCCCACUGGAUUGUUCAUCAACAACGAGUGGGUAGAAGGUGUCGACAAGAAGACCUUCGAGGUCAUCAACCCCUCCACCGAGGAGGUUAUCUGCUCCGUCUCUGAAGCCACCGAGAAGGAUGUCGAUAUCGCCGUAACUGCCGCCCGCAAGGCUUUCGACGGAGAAUGGCGCACAACUUCGCCCCAGCAGCGAGGUCUCUACCUGACCAAGCUUGCUGACCUCGUCGAGAAGAACCUUGACCUGCUAGCCGCCGUCGAGUCUCUGGACAACGGCAAGUCAAUCACCAUGGCUCGUGGUGAUGUUGGCGCUGUUGCUGGCUGCAUUCGAUACUACGGUGGCUGGGCCGACAAGAUUCACGGCAAGACCAUCGACAUCGACUCCGACUCCUUCCACUACACCAAGCACGAGCCUAUUGGUGUCUGCGGUCAAAUCAUUCCCUGGAACUUCCCUCUGCUCAUGUUGGCUUGGAAGAUUGGCCCCGCUCUGUCCACCGGCAACACCAUUGUCCUCAAGACUGCCGAGCAGACCCCCUUGUCCGCUUUGGUUUUCGCUAACCUCGUCAAGGAGGCUGGCUUCCCUGCCGGUGUCCUCAACAUCAUCUCUGGUCUCGGCCGUGUCGCCGGUGCCGCCAUCUCCUCCCACAUGGACAUUGACAAGGUCGCCUUCACUGGCUCUACCAUUGUCGGCCGUACCAUCAUGAAGGCUGCCGCCGCCUCUAACCUCAAGAAGGUCACACUAGAACUCGGUGGCAAGUCCCCCAACAUCAUCUUCAACGACGCCGAUAUCGAGCAGGCUGUCUCAUGGGUCAACUUCGGUAUCUACUACAACCACGGCCAGUGCUGCUGUGCCGGCUCUCGUGUCUACGUCCAGGAAGGUAUCUACGACAAGUUCGUCGAGGCCUUCAAGAAGCGUGCCGAGGAGAACGCUGUUGGUGACCCAUUCCACGAGAAGACCUUCCAAGGUCCCCAGGUCAGCCAGUUGCAAUUUGACCGCAUCAUGGGCUACAUUGAGGAGGGUAAGAAGGGCGGUGCUACCGUCGCUACUGGUGGCGAGCGUCUUGGUGACAAGGGCUACUUCAUCAAGCCUACCAUCUUCACCAAUGUCACCAAUGACAUGAAGAUCAUGCAAGAGGAGAUCUUCGGACCUGUUUGCGCUAUCGCCAAAUUCAAGACUGAGGAGGAGGUCAUCGAGCUUGGCAACCACAGCACAUACGGUCUCGCCGCUGCUGUCCACACCAACGACCUCAACACUGCUCUCCGUGUAAGCAACAGCAUUCGGGCAGGUACCGUCUGGGUCAACUGCUACAACAUGUUGCACCACCAGCUCCCCUUCGGUGGUUUCAAGGAGAGCGGUAUCGGCCGCGAGCUGGGAGAGGCCGCUCUCGAGAACUACACCCAGAACAAGUCGGUUGCUAUCCGCCUCGCUGGAGCUUUGUUCUAAAGUGCUAUACAUGGGUACAACAAUUGUUAAGUGAUACCAAAUUUUGGGUGUUAUGUUUUCAUAUGGAGCGAUCUUUCAUGGCUGUAUGAAUUUUACGGACGAAUGGGUACAUGGGCAUCCUCGAGGUUUCGAGAAAACUGGGAACUUUUUACAUUUAACGAGUUCAAUUAUACCACCACCACCAUAGCAAACAAUCAAAACAGUUAAAUAUGUUCAAAUUUCGCGACUUUUUCUACUGUAUAGCAGUAGCUUGUAAUUGUGAAAGAGCAAUGUUGGGCACUACACGCACAUAGGUGUAACUCUGUGUUGGGGAAUUCGAGAAUUAAACAGAUGUUGUUAUUUCAAGCUACGUGUAUUUAGCUCACCUACCACACAAUGCCGAUUUUCGCUUGGAAGCACAGCAGCCUACGCCUCUUUGAUGAUGCGCAAUAGUAUCUCCAUUUCCGCUAUCCGUAUUAUAAGUAUAGGCUUCGAAUAGAAUUUUAUGGUGGUCUAUUGGAAAGAGUAAGAUAGUAUGGAAUUAUUC